CUCAAAGGCAUCUUGCAUCAGCCUGUGGAUGUAUGCCUACCACGGGGGCUCCUUCACCGGCAAAGUGGAAAAAGAAGUGGUUCACAACAAAUUCUUCUUUUGGGGUUGGGGGAACACAUUGGAUUAUAGCCGUUUUCUUCUGUUCAAAACUGGCGUCCCGGGAUGGAAGGAAAUCUACAAGUGGCCUGACAUCCGAUGCUCUAGAAAGUUCCGGGCUUGUUGCUUGGAUUCUCUUAAGAAGCUGAAAUAACUGAAGAGGAGCGGGGGCCUUCUGUUUUGGAGGGUUCUAUCCUGCAGAGGAUGUUCUACACCCAUUGACACUCCAGAUCCAACUCCAUCUUCUGAAAUGAUCCCGAUUCCCAGAAUGCCCCUGGUGCUGCUCCUGCUCUUGCCCAUCCUGGGUUCUGCAAAAGCUCAGGUUAAUCCAGCUUCAUGUCGCUAUCCUCUGGGCAUGUCAGGAGGCCACAUUCCAGAUGAGGACAUCACAGCUUCAAGUCAGUGGUCAGAAUCCACGGCUGCCAGAUACGGGAGGCUUGACUCUGAAGAAGGAGACGGAGCCUGGUGCCCCAAGAUCCCCGUGCAACCUGAUGACCUGAAAGAAUUUCUGCAGAUUGACUUACGUACCCUGCACUUUAUCACUCUUGUGGGGACCCAGGGACGCCACGCAGGGGGUCAUGGCAUCGAGUUUGCGCCCAUGUACAAGAUCAACUACAGUCGAGAUGGCACUCGCUGGAUCUCUUGGCGCAACCGGCAUGGGGAGCAGGUGCUAGACGGGAAUAGUAACCCUUACGAUGUUUUCCUGAAGGACUUGGAGCCGCCCAUUGUCGCCAGAUUUGUCCGCCUUAUCCCAGUCACCGACCACUCCAUGAAUGUGUGCAUGAGGGUUGAGCUUUAUGGUUGUGUCUGGCUAGAUGGUUUGGUGUCUUACAAUGCUCCAGCUGGGCAGCAGUUUGUACUCCCUGGAGGCUCCAUCAUUUAUCUGAAUGAUUCUGUCUAUGAUGGAGCUGUUGGCUACAGCAUGACUGAAGGACUAGGCCAGCUGACCGAUGGGGUAUCUGGCCUGGAUGACUUUACCCAGACCCACGAAUACCACAUGUGGCCUGGCUAUGACUACGUGGGUUGGCGGAAUGAGAGUGCUACCAAUGGCUACAUCGAGAUCAUGUUUGAAUUUGACCGAAUCAGGAACUUUACUACUAUGAAGGUCCAUUGCAACAACAUGUUUGCUAAAGGUGUGAAGAUCUUUAAGGAGGUCCAGUGUUACUUCCGCUCGGAAGCCAGUGAAUGGGAGCCCACGGCCGUCUCCUUUCCCCUCGUCCUGGAUGAUGUGAACCCCAGUGCUCGGUUUGUCACGGUGCCUCUCCACCACCGAAUGGCUAGUGCCAUCAAAUGCCAGUACCAUUUUGCCGACACAUGGAUGAUGUUCAGCGAGAUCACUUUCCAGUCAGAUACUGCAAUGUAUAACAAUUCUGGAGCCUUGCCCACCUCUCCUAUGGCACCUACAACCUAUGAUCCCAUGCUUAAAGUGGAUGACAGCAACACUCGGAUCCUGAUUGGCUGCUUGGUUGCCAUCAUCUUCAUCCUGCUGGCUAUCAUUGUCAUCAUCCUGUGGAGGCAGUUCUGGCAGAAGAUGCUAGAAAAGGCUUCACGGAGGAUGCUGGAUGAUGAAAUGACAGUCAGCCUUUCCCUGCCCAGCGAGUCCAGCAUGUUCAAUAACAACCGCUCCUCGUCCCCAAGUGAGCAGGAGUCCAACUCUACUUAUGAUCGAAUCUUUCCCCUGCGCCCUGACUACCAGGAGCCGUCCAGACUCAUCAGAAAGCUUCCAGAAUUUGCUCCCGGGGAGGAGGAACCAGCCUGCAGUGGUGUUGUGAAGCCAGCCCAGCCCAACGGACCCGAGGGGGUACCCCACUACGCAGAAGCUGACAUAGUGAAUCUCCAGGGGGUGACAGGUGGCAACACCUACUCAGUGCCUGCUGUCACCAUGGACCUGCUGUCAGGGAAGGAUGUGGCUGUGGAGGAGUUCCCCAGGAAACUAUUGGCUUUUAAGGAGAAGCUGGGAGAAGGCCAGUUUGGGGAGGUUCAUCUCUGUGAAGUGGAGGGAAUGGAAAAAUUCAAAGACAAAGAUUUUGCUCAAGAUGUCAGUGCCAACCAGCCUGUCCUGGUGGCCGUGAAGAUGCUCCGAGCAGAUGCAAACAAGAAUGCCAGGAAUGAUUUUCUUAAGGAGAUAAAGAUCAUGUCUCGGCUCAAGGACCCAAACAUCAUCCGUCUCUUAGCUGUGUGUAUCACUGAUGACCCACUCUGCAUGAUCACGGAGUACAUGGAAAAUGGAGAUCUCAAUCAGUUUCUUUCCCGCCACGAGCCUUUGGGUUCUUCUUCUAGCAAUGCCACAGUCAGUUAUGCCAACCUGAAGUUUAUGGCUACCCAGAUCGCCUCUGGAAUGAAGUAUCUCUCAUCCCUUAACUUUGUCCACCGAGAUCUGGCCACCCGAAACUGCUUAGUGGGCAAGAACUACACCAUCAAGAUAGCUGAUUUUGGAAUGAGCAGGAACCUGUACAGUGGUGACUACUACCGGAUCCAGGGCCGGGCCGUGCUGCCCAUCCGCUGGAUGUCUUGGGAGAGCAUCUUGUUGGGCAAGUUCACCACAGCAAGUGACGUGUGGGCCUUUGGGGUGACUCUGUGGGAGACUUUCACCUUUUGCCAGGAGCAGCCCUAUUCCCAGCUGUCGGAUGAGCAGGUUAUUGAGAAUACUGGAGAGUUCUUCCGAGACCAAGGGAGGCAGACUUAUCUCCCUCAACCAGCCAUUUGCCCCGACUCUGUAUAUAAGCUGAUGCUCAGCUGUUGGAGAAGAGAGACCAAGCACCGGCCAUCAUUCCAAGAAAUACACCUUCUGCUUCUUCAACAAGUGGACGAGUGAUGCCAUCAACGCCUGCCAAUGUUCCUGUGGCCCAGGUCCUUCCCACAAGACCUACCGCUCACCCACGUUUAAGCCACUUCAUCUGGACAUUUAAUGGACCAAAGAGACAGAAAAGUGUUCACUUUACCCUCUUACUGUCUCUUGCCUCCUCCACUACACUUCCCUGUUCCCUACCACUGACUCACAUAUACUUUUUUUUACAUGAAAUAACUAAAAAAGAAAAAAAAUAGAGCAGAUAAAAUUUAGUAAAAUAAAUAUUACUUGAUAUAUCUAAGUGUUAGAUAAUAAAGGCUAGAAACUCAGAUAAUUUAUAAAGGUUAUGCUUAUGUUUAUAAGUGUGCAGAUCCUGCAAUAUUUUCCAUGUCACUUUCUAUAGAAUACCUUUAGAAAGAAAAACUUGAAGAAUACGAAUGUCUUGGGAAGCAUGAGCUUAGGCAUAAGGAAAGGACUUGGUAGCCGUGAAGAAUUGCAGGACUUGGUACUCCGCAACUAAUGGAUGUCUUCUUGACUUGGCCUCUGGACUUGACCCACUCUCACUCUCGGAUCUCUCUGUCUCUCUCUGUCUCUGUCUCUCUAUGUCUCUCUCUUGUCAAAGUGAGUGACAUGUACUUAAAAGUUCAAAAGCUCUGCCUUGUAUUUUGGAAUGAAUGUUUGCUUCACUCAUGGACAGAGAUCAGGGCAUGCCUAUGAAACAGAUCAUAUGGGCAGGAAAAAUGUCUGUUGUGAGACGUGAAGGACAAUAGUUAUAUCGAGAAAAGAAAGAUUGCCCGCGAUUCUCAGUAGACAGAGUCAUAGGAAAGGAGGUCCAUGGAGGAUGAUAGUAGCUAUCUCUGUUGUUCGCUUGUUUGCUCACUCAACCAUUUUCACCUGUGUGCUUUAGGGAUCCCUUGACUUUUUAAUCAGUAAAAGCCUGAUGUUUUGAUAUUUUAAAGGCUGCUCCUUUAGUUCAUCUUGCCCAGUUCUGUUUCUUUCAAUAUGUGAUGUUCCUGUGUGACCUAGAGGCUAGGAUUUGAACUUCUCAGGCUUAAAUAUCCAGUGCUGUGUACAACCUACAGUAGAUCCAUUUUGAGUGUUCCCAAAAGGCUGGCCUGGACCUUGAAAGGAAGGUAUAGGAAAACUGAUUUUCACUCUUUAUUUGGGGAAAUAUGAAGAGAAUCAGAACAUACAGGCAAGAAAGGGCUUCCCCAGAGAUGGUGAAUCUCUCAUCUCUGAGAACUUUCAGAUAUUAGCUGAAGAACUAUGCAAGAAAGAGGUUCUUGGUCACUGGGUACUUGUGUCUGUAUGGGAGAAUCAAAGGAUAGCCAUUCAGUGUAACUGAAUGUGCUUUUGCCGUGGAGAUGGCGGCCAGCAGCAGAGAAGAGGGUCUAGUUUCAGGAUUCGUGGAAACUGAUACACCAUCAAACAGGAGCUGUCUAAGAGCAGAUCCUAAGUUUUCAUAUUCUAAAGACUCUCAGAUUCAUCGGGAAACUAGAAUAUAGAAACCUUAAGUCCUGUAGAGGAAAACCAAGAAAAGAUUACCGAAUAAGCUUCCCAAGCUGAGGUAAAAUAGCUGUGGUCUGCUUCCGUUGUCUACCCAGGCAGCUUGCUCUAUGGUUUUUCAGAAGCCUGGCUGCUUCUUGGUUUCAGAUAACUCCAGGACACAGCAGAGAUGUAGUUCUAAUUCUUAAAAUUAAUUUCUCAGAUUCUAUUUAGUCAUAGUGAAUUCCCCUUUCCUGUGGCUUUUGUAUCUUUUCACCUUUAGUCUUUCCCAAGACUAACUUUGGGUCAUUGAUUGGAGGAGAGGUAGGUGAGUGUUGGGUUUGGAACUCUGGCCCUCUUUCUGCCUCAAGCCAAGUAUGCCAUCUUCCCAAGUCUCAUUGUCUCUCUGAAUCUGUUUCCUUAUCUGUCUAAGGAGUAAAUUGAAUUAGGUGGUCUGGAAAUGGAAAUCUCUUGGGGUUCUGCUCUGCUUGGUGCUUGCUGGAGAACCAGGUUUGUGACUGAUGUAGGCUCAGUUGCUCUCUUGCUCAGAAAAGUGUGGCCAGUAAAAAGAGACCCCGAGAGGCAGCAUUUUAGAAACGCUGAUGCCGGCAUCGUCUCUGCUCUAGGGUGCCCAGAAUUCCCACCCAUUAUCUCAUUUGGUAUCUCUAGGGCCAGCCAUGUCUCUUUCACAACUCUUGGCUCUGUACUCUUUAGGAUUCUGUCCCUAAUUCACUUUAUUCCUUUACCUGCUAUUUAAAAGUCGUGUUUAAAAUGAAAUUUCCCUGACUUUGCAUCAUGGAACUCAUCUGUUCCAGGUGACUCUCCAAGACAUAUCAUCAUGUACAAGCAGAACUUUUCUUUUCUUUCUUUCUUUCUUUCUUUCUUUCUUUCUUUCUUCCUUCCUUCCUUCCUUCCUUCCUUCCUUCUUUUCUUUCUUUCUUUUUUUUGUAUGAAGAAGGCUCUACCUUCUGGCACUGAGACCUUUGAUUUAUAGACACAGGAUUAGUUUCUAUUUAUACUUGUAGAGUUGAGCUGUACCAACCUGAGUGACCCAACAUGGUAGAUGGGAAGGGCUUACCAUAUAGACUUAACAGGUAGCUCAAAUCUGAAUUAGAGAAAUGAAGCUAGGCUUUAGGAAAGAGAACAGAAACAGACGAGAAACCGUGGGUUAUUGUUGUUUUCUGAAGUUAUUCAUGAUCAUGAUAUAUAUAUAUAUGUAUGUAUAUAUAUACAUAUAUAUGAACCAUUUAUGUCAAGAUGACCUUUAGACUAUCAUAUCUCGAUUUAUACCUUUAUGACAAAUGUAUUGAUAGGCAGGUCCAUAUAUUUUUUAGUGCUGGGAAUCAAACCCAGAAACUCACACAUACUAGGCAGAGGUUCUAUCAUUAUCUAUAGCCUCAGUAUCUGUGUUCAAAUCUUUCCUCAUUGGCCAGACAGAUAUCUCACUAAUUCAUGUAUGUGAUCUAGAGUCGAAAGGAGUGCCCUUAGGGGAUCAUGCAUUUUUAAGGCUGUGGAAAAAUCACCUGUGAGUGUUCAAGACUGUGUGACUAAAGAGGGCUGUGUGCAAGUGUGCGAGAAGUGGUUUUAAAAAGUGGUUACACAGAUGUGUGUGUGUGUGACUGAAUGGAAAGGAUGAGGCGAAGAUGAGAAAGAAGGAACCAUAAAGACAGGGAAGGAGAGAUUAUGGGAAGACACAGGAGGAGGCAAGCCAGGCAAGGUAGAAACCGGGAUGGUGGAGGCCAUGAAAUCAAUUUUUUUUUUUUUUUGGUUUUUUGAGACAGGGUUUCUCUGUGGUUUUGGAGCCUGUCCUGGAACUAGCUCUUGUAGACCAGGCUGGUCUCGAACUCACAGAGAUCCGCCUGUCUCUGCCUCCCGAGUGCUGGGAUUAAAGGCGUGCGCCACCACCGCCCGGCCAGAAAUCAAUUUUUGAUACAUGAAAGUGAACCCUUGAAAGGAGAUCUGAGUGAGAUUAGAAAAAGUGACUUGAAAAGAAUGAAGGACGAGUAGAAGAAGAAAGACUGGGUGAGACAGACUGUAUUUAUUAAAGUGAAGUCAGGGCUAUAGAAGGGAUUUUGGCAGAGUUAAGGACAGGGAUGGUCUUCAUGGAUAAAGUCAUGUGUAGCCACCGGGAAUGCCCUUUUUAUCUCAGAGGAAGUGGGUGCAGGAGGCAGUUUGUGCUCCUAUUUCUUCUAGACCACAUCUAGUGCUGGUAGCAAGUCAAAGCUGUCUGUGCACUGGGCUUGGUGUUCCACGUGCUAUUUGGGCUUGAAGAUCUGGGAGUUUGGGAGCUUAUGGUAGUGACUUCCAAUAAUGCUCAUCUUUGCUGGACCCAGAGUGGCCCCAGCAAACAUGGAAACAAUAGGUGUAAGUUAGACAAGACUAAAUCUUGUCUGAUUUUUAAACAGAGGCAUGUGUCAUAUUGGAAACAUGCUUUUCUAGUCCCACCCAAGCAUUCCUCAAGAAAACCAGGAUGUGAGGCUAGGCCAUGUGUUUUAAGUAAAGAAGAGAAAGAGGGGAGUGUCAGGAUGAAGGGAACAGGGGAAGAUGCUCUGAGAACAUACACUAGAAGACAGAAGAAUAUUUUUAUCCCAAAAUACAAAAUGAAGAGAAUUGCAGUACAUUGGUUAUUAUGACUUUGAUCCUAAGUUGAAUUCAUGGGUCUGAUGUUUUCUGUCAUAGACCUCUUUUCUUUGUUUUGAAGCCCAUGUCCUUGGGCGCUGCAUUGGGUAAGCCCCUAACGUCUUGACAAGAUGCAGAUUCUGGUCUACUGUGGGAAAUCCUUUUGAACUGAAGUUUCAUAUUCUAGAAACAGAUGAAUGUCAUUGGCACUUGAAGAAUUAUUUGGGAUCCUGAAUUAAGAAGGAAGGAAACUGGGUAGUUAGUAAGGACUUGAUUCCGAGCAGAUUUGGGCUCUGUUCUCUCAUGAGCUGAGUAGGCUGGCAGGGAAAGACUGAGGAAUGACCAGUUAGCUGUCUCAUACCUUCAGAUACUUGUUAUUUUCAGAUGAUCUGAAACUUGAAAGAAGUUACAAAAGAAUCAGUGCAGCACGGGCUUACCCUGGAUCUGGUUUCCUUCUGCUGAUAAUAUUUUAGUCUAUUUUCAUCCAUCAAAACCAUUGUCUGCUUGGAGCCAUUUUCAAAACUGAACUUGGAUUUCACCAGUUUUCCUGCCUUGUACUCAUUUGCUCAUUGGACAUCGCUGCUGUUGGUUCGGAACUUAGCGUUUGGGGGCACACGGCAGGAAGGAGCCUAAAUAUUAAUCGACAAAUGUUGAGAGAAUCCAGCAGUUGGCAAGCCCAUUCACCAGUGAACAAGAUCCCACCUAUUUGCUGAAUUCACUUUCAAUUAAUGUUCAUCACUGCUGGACCCAGAAAGGCCAUAGUCUUCCACACCAAUCAUAUGAAAGGAUUAGUUCCUCGGUUGGCACCCCCAAACAAUCCAAGAACAACUUAAGGAGAUUAAUGAUAUAAAAGGCUUUCAGGCAGAAGGAAAUUCUAAACAGAAGAAUGGAGCUUUUGUUGUGACAAGGAGGCUUUAGGGUAAAACAGUACUUUGGUCAAGAAUUAAGUGAUACUUAUUGGAAGCAGGGAUAGUUUUUGGAUAGACCAUAGCACAAAUAUAAAUCCCUAAUGUGAGAUAAAAACACCCUUUUCAGAGUAGCGGGGAAGUCUCAUUUGCUUAAAUGUUCAUCCUUAAAUAUAGUAACAGUUACUGGAUUAAAUUCAAGCUUCCUACGGAAAAGUUGAAACUUUAGUUUAAAGGGUCAUGACUUUGGGUUUUCUGUUGGACAUUUUUAAGCUGCCCUGCUUAAGGGCUACAUGAUAACAACUGUCUGUGGCUUAUGAAGUUCCUAGCACACAAGUGAAUAUUUUGUGAAUUUUAUGUUUUCAGUGAAUAAAGUAUGGAAAAAUUGUUAUGUAUCACAAGUGUGAAUUUUGGGAGAAGUGCUCUGUUAAAGCAUAAAAAGAAAAGGGAAGAAAGUGUUCUGCAGCAUGUACCCCCUUGUGUCUUUUGGUGGUGAAACUGAUUCAGACAGCAUGCAUGGUGGUUCUCCCAAGGCUCUAUAUCAAAGGCCGAGAGCAGACCCUGGCUCCAAAUCUAGCUCUUUUGAACUGAGCUAUUGAUUUAGUUUCUCCUACAGACACCUUGCCAGUCGCUUUACAGGUCUUCUGGGAGAACAGAUACGAGUUCCAAGGCUGAUCUGCAAUCCCAGCUGCGUGUCAAGGAAACAUCUGUCAAGGGAAAGCACAGGCAGUCGAUAUCGGGGCAAACGUGUUUUCUUUAAAAGGGGUUUGGAUGACAGGGAAAGCUUUUCUGCAAACACACCGAAGGUUUGCAAUCUAUACUAGUCAUCUGAACCAUUCUUUGCUAUUCAAGGAUUCAGCUCUUCUUGCCCGAUGUCUGGUAACUGCUCCUGAGGACUGACUUUCUGCAGCAGUAUGGUGGACUCUUCCAUGAUGAGGCAACAUCUGGGCUUUAUUCAGCAGGCUGGGGUGGAUAAUGUGCUUUGUUAAGGGCUAAGCAGCAAAUGGAUUUAAUUUCUGCCUAAAACUAUCAUAGUCAUUCUAAAAUAGAAUACACAACACUCCUUUGUAUUAGAAAAAGGAGCAGAAUGUGAUGCCAAUUGUGUAUUUUCUUUAUUUAUUCUCUGUAAGGCUGUUGGAUGAUAUGCUGUAAAUAACAGAUUAAAGAGUCAUGCUACUGA